AUUCUAUCAAGUUGUUGCAUAAGAAUGAGUAACCAAAACAGAAAGAAAUUAAAGAAGUCAAAGAAAUCAUCCUGGGGGGAUAUAUCAGAAGAGGCAGAUACUACACAGAGUCUUAAUGCAUCUGUAAGCAAUACAGAAUGUACAGUUGCAUCGUGUUGUAACCAAAACUCUGACGAGGCAAUACGACACAGAUUUGAGAAAUCUACUGAUACCUCAGAGUCAGAAGAAGAUAGAAAAGAGUCAGUGUUUAAACAUUCAAAGCCAAACACUAGAAUGUUUUCUUGGUCUGACAAAAACCCAAAACCAGAAACGGAUGAAGUGAUAUGCUUGGAUUCUGAUUCUUCCGAUGAGUUUAUGCCAAAAUUAGAACAGUUUUAUCAUCAGCAAAUGAACAAAAAGUGCAAGACUUAUCAUAGAAAGCAAUUAGAGGAGAACAAUGAAACUAAAGAAGAUAUUUCACCUGAAGUAAUAAUCCAAUAUGAUAAUAUAAUAUCAGGGAUUAAAGUGAAGUUUCCUGUAAAACCAUACUCGUGUCAAAUGGCUGUGAUGAAUAAGGUCAUACAAGGAUGUACCAAAAGUGAAAACUGCCUUCUGGAGAGUCCAACAGGGACUGGAAAAACUUUGGCUCUUCUCUGCAGUGUUUUAGCAUGGCAUGAUCAUCAUAUUGCUCAAAUCGAGAAGGAAAACGGCACAAAAAUGGGCGGGGGCGAUGCUAAAUCAGUAUGUAAUGAAGGAUAUAAUGAUUUGCAUAAAAUGGGUGGGAGUACAAGUUGUAUGGAUGAAAUGGGUUUGGAAGACUUAUGUCAUGACGCGAUUAAAAAACCUUCGAAAAUUCCUAAAAUAUAUUAUGGCACUCGAACCCAUAAGCAAAUCGAGCAAGUUAUAAGAGAACUGCGAACAACAAGUUAUCAACACAAAAAAAUGACAAUUCUCAGCAGUCGGGAACAUACUUGUAUCCAGGAUUCGACGAGAAAUAAAACGGAACUCUGCAAGGACCUACUAGAUCCUGUCAAGCACAAAGGAUGUCCAUUUUAUACGGAGAAAAAGAAGGAUGAGCUUUCGAACUUCAAUGUUUUGAGUGCUUGCGGUUUAGGCCCUAUAUGGGAUAUCGAAGAAUUAGUGGAGAUAGGUAAAGAAAGAGAAGUUUGUCCUUAUUUUACCGCCAGAGAUUUAAUGAAGCACGCGGAUAUUAUCUUCUGCCCCUACAAUUACAUAAUCGAUCCCGAUAUCCGCGAAAGCAUGCAAUUAGACCUGCAGAACGAAGUGAUCAUCCUCGAUGAAGCUCACAACAUGGAGGACAUAUGUAGGGACGUAGCCAGUGUAGAUUUUCGCGAUGAUCACAUGAUGGCCGCCGCAUUCGAAUGCAAAGCACUUUCGAAACAACCAGAAAUGGACUUUUCAGUCUAUAAUAGAUUGCAACAGUAUAUUACAAAAUUAGUGACAUUUAUGAAGAGCAUCACUCUUAACUCAGUCGGUAAAACCACUGAGACUAAAACCAGUCCAUACUGGACCGGCAAAGAAUUAUUAGAAUUAUUUGACAUGCAUGGACUUGGGGAAGAGGCGUAUUAUUCAUUUUUCAUAGCCAGCACAGCAGCAAUUGCCGAUCUGAACAACAUGAAGGAGGAGGUACGGUUGAUGAAAACAUCUCAGAAACCCGUCAUUUCUUCGAAUACAAAGUUGAUACUAGAACACCUCGUGUUCUCCAUGCGGACGAUCACUUCACCGAAGUACACGGAUGAUUACAGAGCUUGCAUAAUGGAGAACAUCGUAAAAGAUUAUACAUCUUUUCAGACGAACGAGAAUACGUGGCUACCUUCCAAUAAACAGGAACACACCGCGCGAACGUUGAAACUGAUCUGUAUGAAUCCAGGUGUGAUAUUCGCGCCGUUGUCCGAGAUGGCUCGCGCUAUAAUUCUUGUAUCGGGUACCCUCGCACCGAUCGAUUCUUUCCAAAGCGAAUUGGGCACAAAAUUCCCGCACGUGCUUAACGCGGGUCACGUAAUUUCAAAGGAUCAAAUAUACGCCACCUGUCUGUCACGUGGGCCCAAUGGAAUUGUACUCAAAGCAAACUAUCAAAAUGUUAAUACUUGGACCUUUCAGGAUGAAUUAGGCUCAUUGCUGCUGCAGAUCUGUGAAACUGUACCUCACGGUAUUCUUUGUUUCUUUUCUUCGUACAACGUCCUGAAUAUACAUAUGCAGAGAUGGAAACACACCUCGGUUUGGGAUACGAUCGGCAGGAUUAAAGAGGUGUUCGUAGAACCACGCUAUGGGGGUGAUCUCGGGGAUAUCAUGAGGGACUAUCGGCAAGUAAUAGAAGAUACAUCCGCUGGUCCAUCAGGGGGCAUCAGCGGCGCCUUGCUUUUAGCUGUUUUUCGAGGCAAAGUGGCAGAGGGAAUUGAUUUUAAGGACAACGAAUCUCGUUGCGUUUUAUCGAUAGGAAUACCGUACACGGUUCGAAAUGAUCCUAUCGUCGAUAUGAAGUAUAAGUAUAAUGACGCUAAUACCUCGAAAGGUUUGUUAUCCGGUUAUCAGUGGUAUUCCAUACAAGCAUUCAGAGCUUUAAAUCAAGCCUUAGGACGCUGUCUGAGACACGUUAAUGAUUGGGGAGCAGUGAUAUUAGUGGACGAAAGGUUUCUGAUGAAAUCAUAUAAAGAGAAUCUUCCAAAAUGGGUUAAAACAAUGAUGGUUAAUCCAAGUAACUGUAAUCUUAAGGAAGAACUUCGUAAUUUCGUGGCACAUCGGAAGAAGAACGAACGGAAAAGCUAGCCAAACCACAGUAGUUUAAGUUAAUUAAUAAUUUUUAAAUUAUGCUGGAAUCAUUUACUAUAAAAGAGUUUUAUAAAUAGUUUCUUAAUCAGUAUAAAUGUACAGAUAUCUAAC